GUCAAAAAAUUCAACACACCAGCAGUGUGAGGAGACCUGAAAGUGGCACAUGGCAGACAGAGUGUGGCGAUGGAGACAGCAGCAAUGGGAGGCCGUACAGGGACCCAUGAGAGACUCUGGACCUGGCAGCAGCAUGAGGAGGCGGUAUAUAGGGGCCCAUGGCAGAUUAGGGGCCUGGCAGCAGCUAUGGGAGGCCCGUAAUCUGCCAGCACCCUAUGUCAAAAAAUGGAACACACACCAGCAGUGUGAGGAGACCUGAAAGUGGCACAUGGCAGAGUGUGGCGAUGGAGACAGCAGCAAUGGGAGGCCGUACAGGGACCCAUGAGAGACUCUGGACUUGGCAGCAGCAUGA